UCACCUCUAUUUUCUGACAAUGAACCUAAAACAAGUGAAGGAACUGGGAGGCAACAAUAACAAGAGAAGAAACAAGAAACAGUUACAGUUUUUUUUCUCUGUAAACUUUGUAAAUGGAAAUUGAGAAGGGUUUGCAGAGAUGGAUAGUUGACAUAUCUGAAUGGAACCCUUCUCCCCUUUACUUCUCUUUUGCUAUGUCCUUUCUUCCCAAACAUGAGCACUCCUCCAUUACCAGGUUCUUUAAAAUGGAAGAUCAAAAACGGGCUCUUGUGAGCAGAUUGUUGCAGUAUGCACUAAUACAUCAGGUCUUGGGGAUUCCAUAUAAUGAAAUCUUCAUCAGGCGAACUGCUGAGGGAAAACCAUACCUGGAAUGUGACAAACCGGACUUGGAGUUGCCAAAUUUCAACUUCAAUGCAUCACACCAUGGUGAUUUUGUGGCUAUUGCUUCUGAACCAAUAUGCCUUGUGGGAUUGGAUAUCGUUGCUCAAACCAUUCCUGAGAAAGAAUCAGUGGAAGAAUUCAUUCGGAGCUUCUCAUCAUACUUCUCAAGACUGGAAUGGUUUAACAUAAUCAAUGCUGGCUCUUCUCGACAGAUUUUAAGUGAGUUUUAUAGAUAUUGGAGUUUGAAGGAAGCAUUUGUCAAAGCCAUCGGUGACGGCGUGGGUUACAAAUUGGACACCGUCGAAUUUCAUCACGAAAACUGGGAAAACAUAGUUGUCAAAGUUGAUGGCAAAGAACUAAAAGAUUGGAGAUUUUGGCUUCUUGAAUUGGGGAAAGAUCACGUGGCAUCAAUUGCUAGGGGUCACCCUAUGUAUGCCACUAGCAGUUACAAGACAACAUUGAAUCAGACACGUUUUAAUGACGAGGAAUAUAAUUUGGGAUUUCAUCUUCCGAAUGCAAGCUUCAUUUUUCGGAAGGUAGAAGACCUUUUUCCCUCCAAUGAAACAGGUAGAGCGCCACCAUGUUUAUCGCAAAAUUGUGCUGUGUUGAAGGAUUAAGAUGAGCUUAAAGAAGCUAUCGAUCGACUCAUUAUGUAAAGCUUAGGUUCUUCUACCAUGACAAGUGCCACUUGGGUUUUCUGGUGAUUUUAGACUACAGCUUCAUAUUUUGGCUGAAAAUUUUUAAGGGUGUGCUUGGUAAGAAGGAAGCUAUUUUCACGAAAAUAUUUUCCGGUGUUUGGUUGGAGAACGGAAAACAUUUUCCCGAACAAAAAACAUUUAUUAAAGAUUGAUAAUACUAUUAGAAACUGGAUAGCGUUCUCAUGAAAUUUCUGAGUUAUUAAUAUUGAUAAUGAUUUCCAUCUUCCUUUU